GUUCGACGGAAGAAUCAGCGAUGAUUUAUGAUGAAUAAUGUGCUGGUGUGGAGGAUGAAGAGCUGCAUGAUGCUGAAGUGAUCCGCUGGGGUGUGUGUGUGUGUGUGUGUGUGUCGGUGGUCCGGAGGGCGGAGCUGCGGGUCUCUGCGCCCCCGGUAACGUUACCGACGGACGCACCGAUCACUGCUGGGCGGAAGGGCGUCAUUUCAGCAGAAAAACAGACCGAGAGGAAGCAGCGCGGACGGACUCGUCGCUCCCGUUAACGGAGAUCAAGCGGGGAUCGAGGCGUCGACGCACAUCCAGAGCGAUUUUCUCUUUCUUCUGCAGCAGGAUGGAUUUACACGCGGACACCCGACGCGAGCGCGAUCCGCACGCAUCACCGGCGGAGCGUCACUGAAGCAUCAUCCGCGCUCCGCGACGCAUCCGACCGCUCCGAUGCGAGCAAAAGCCCCGCUUUCACCUCCACCCUGAGUGACCAUCCGCAGUGAACAUCUAGAGGAGCGUCAGGCGAUGGGAUGAAAAUGAGACGUCACAGGGUUUUCUUGAUUUGCACGGUGGGACUGUGUGUCAUUUCCUUCCUGCAUUACUACAAGGCUCUCCACUACGUGUCCCUGCUGAGGGAGUUGUCCGCACCUUACCCUAACAUCAAAUCCUUCAUCAUGGUCACUGGUUUCUUCUGGAAGGAGGGCAGCACCCCGCUGUCCAGCGCGUCUCCAGAGGAAGGGCCUCGGCUGGUCCACAGCAAGCCCCGGGCCGGAGGAGGCCUGGAGCUCGACACCAGACAAGAACCUGAAGCACCACAGCCGUGGAAGAGACCUGAAGAUCCGCAGCGCAGGAGUUCGGGGACGACAGAGGUCCAUAAGGGAGGUUUGAUCGCCUGGCAGCCUAGCAGCCCGACCAACCAGAAGCCCGACCCGCAGAGAGACGCUGCGGUGAACAAGCUUCAGCCGCGUCACGCCUCGACUCCAGACCCGCUGGAAUCCCUGGGUGGCCUGCACCGCCGCACCCACGUCCUCCAGGAUGACCGCUCCCCUUAUUUCGUCCGCACCAAAGCAGGCGCUCUGUGCUUCCGUCAGGGGACGGAGGUGGCUCCGCCUAAAGACGAGACGUUGAAAGCAAGACCCAGCAUAGCUGGCCUCGGCCAGCGGAGAAUACUGCAGAAGCCAGACGAGUCAAAGACUCCAGCGAAAUCAGUGGAGGAGUCCGGUGCCGCUCAAGGGAAGCCCAAGCAUGGCAAGCGACUUGUGAAGUGCGUUUGUCGGCCGGGAUGGCACGGUCCUUACUGCGGAGUGCCCACUAUGGUGUACCACUCCAAUCUGCCCACGAAAGAGAGACUGACCCCCCGCGAGAUGCCUCGACGCGUCAUAAACGCCAUCAACGUGAACCACGAGUUUGACUUGUUGCACGUGCGCUUCCGCGAGCUCAUCUGGGCCGUGGAUCUCUUCCUCGUGUGCGAGUCCAACUUCACGGCAUACGGAGAGAGGCGUCCACUGAGGUUCCUGCAUCUGCUGCUCAACGGAACGUAUGAUUACGUGCGCCACAAGAUCCUCUAUGUCUUCCUGGACCAUUUCCCAGAGGGCGGCCGACAGGACGGAUGGAUCGCCGACGACUACCUGCGCACGUUCCUGACUCGCGACGGCAUGGCGCGGAUCGCAGGCUCGCGGCCCGACGAUGUUUUUCUCAUCAACGAUGCAGACGAGAUCCCGGCUCAGGAGGGAGUCCUUUUCCUUAAGCUUUUCGAUGGCUGGACGGAGCCUUUCGCCAUCCACAUGCGGAAGUCCCUGUACGGAUUUUUCUGGAAGCAGCUGGGCUCCCUCGAGGUGGUCUCCGGAUGCACCACCGGGAUGCUGAGGGACGUCUACGACAACGAUGGGAUUCGGCUCCGGCGGCGGGAGUACUACACCAUGCCGGGAUUCCGGAAGUACGAGAACGACACCGGACACAUCUUGGUGCAGUGGUCGAUUGGAAGUCCGUUCCAUUUCGCAGGCUGGCACUGCUCCUGGUGUUUCACGCCAGAGGGAAUUCACUUCAAACUCAUUUCGGCCCAGAACGGGGACUUUCCUCGCUGGGGCGACUACGAGGACAAGCGCGAUCUCAGCUAUAUAAGGGAGCUGAUCCGAACCGGGGGCUGGUUCGACGGCUCCGUGCAAGAGUACCCUCCAUCGGACUCUAAGGAGCACAUGUAUGCCCCCAAAUACAUGUUGGAUAAUUACGAUCACUACCGCUACUUGUUGGAGAACCCUUACGCCAAGCAGUCCAACCUAGGAGGAGCGUAGAGCAGAAUGAGGGCCAAAGAUGGUUUGACAGUAAGGAAGGGGAACAGAGAGGGAGAGAAGAGAACGCUGUCCUGUUCCUCUCUUUCCUCUCUUUCUCAUUGGUCCCAACAUCCAACACCGUCCAAUAUGUGAACACAGGCCUUGCAGAGACCAACAGCAAACUGUUUCUGUUCUGUUUUGGUCAAUGUUUACAUGAAUGAUUCCCAGCGUUCUUUGAGAGACUCAACGCCUCCUGUGUUCACUGUACAAGACUGUGUGUGUGAGAGAGAGUGAAUGUGUGUGUGUGUGUGUGUGCGAUCAGUCUCAUUGGUGCACAGACUUUCUUGCUUGCACUUCAGAAUCAAAAUAAGAAAACUCAUUGCACAAAUGCCACAUUUUUGGGUCUGUUGACAGCUUGUAAAUUCCUCCGAACUCAACGUCUCUUUCCUCGGUCAGAAAAAUAUCUUUGUGUAUCAUUGUGAGCUGUUCUGAAUGAGUUUGUGGACGAGAGAGAGAAAGAAAGAGGCCAUUCGAGAGAAACGGGGCUUUGUUUGAGCUCUGCUGGGUUCUGAUGGAGCUGAUAUGUGAGAUUGUGCCGAGCGAGAGAGGUAACAAAUGAGCUUCCUGUUUGAGAAAUCCUUGCGGAAAACAUCCUAAAGCUGGGAAAAGAGCUGUUUUCAAGUCAGAUAUUUAGUCUGUGAACCACCCAUGUUGUGUACAAGAAUGGUGAGACGCCUGAUAAAAAUAAGUCAGAGGCUCUGUUCCAAACUCGUGAGAUGCCUACGUAGGCAGCACUUUAAGGCAUCACAGCUGCAUCCCUACACAAAGGUUGUUUCAAAUCAUCUGCUGCCUUCUAAGAUACCUUCUUUUGGCCAAAUUUAAAAUUCUAAUUCAUUUUUUUUCAGAGAAGGCGUGAUCUGAGAAUGCAUUGUGACAAUCUACUUUCCAUCCAUGAUGGCGGACAAAGACUUGUUGAUUAUAAAUGCAAUGUAUUCAAUACAGAAAAGCAUUGAUAUAAACGGUGUAGUCCAAUGUGUAUUUUUUGUUGUUAGUUUAGCAACAUGCAUCAUGCUUAACUGGAAUCAGCAAUGCAGCUCACUGUGUUUUGGAACAGAGCCAUGUACUGUUUGGUGGUCUUGGCUCUCUCGUGUUUUAAUUUUAAGUCGGAGCAGGGAACAGUUUCUUAUGAAAUCCAGUUCUGGAAACUCCCUGUCUUCAGAGCUGUGAAGCCAUCUGAUCGCAUUCGAGAUCUGUGGAGAAUUACAUUUACACAGCGGCACCAGAGAUCUGAAGAGUUGCGUAUGAUUUGACAGUAGGAUAAUUCUGUCAUUUUCUUCUGGCGCUGUUAAAGUCAACAUGAAAUCAACAUUGACUUUCUUCAUUCAUGUUCUUAUUGUGAAUGAUUCGCCAUUAAUAUUACAGCUGACAUCAUCAAUCCACUGACACCGUCUGAUCACUUCAUCAUGGGAAAAAAAAUCAAGUCCCAUCCUACAUUUAUUCUCACACUUUCAUUGCAGAAAUACAAGUACAAUGGGUUGUGAAUGUCAUUUCAUGUUGACUUUAAUCCCCAAAACUCCCAUAAACAUGGAAUCACUUCCGAAGAACAUUCUCUCUCUGUCAGACAUGCUGCUAAAAACAGGUCUCCAGAUAUAGAAAAUAUCUGUGCGGGGAAUUAAAAUACUGCCAUGGUGAAAUAUAUAUCACCAAUAGUCAAGGGUCAUGAAUUUACGCUUGCAUAUGACUUCACUGGUGUCUGUGUAAAAGGUAAUUCGGCCGUGACACUACACAUAUCCGUGUGGCCUGUUCGUGCCGCUGACUGCUGUUCUGUGUCCCAACAGCAGCACAUUAUAAACAGACUAAAGAUAGAGACAGCGUUCGAUGUCUGAAGACAUAACAGAUCUCCGCAGAGAGACAGGUGCACAAGCGUUUAUAGUGCUUCAUGCCACUGUGAUUGCAGUGCGCUCGUGACCUUCAUGUGCACAGUAAACGAGAGCUCGAAUCUGUGUGAAUUCCACAUGGGAAUAGAGUCGGAAUGUUGAGCUUUUAUUCCAGUGACCUCCAGUGAGACAAUUGCAUUCUUAUCCUGAAACUCGAGCAUUAAUGAGCAGACUGGAGUUCGUUUCAUUCUUACUGAAUCACAAUCCGUUCACAUCUGCAUAUCAAGCAGCCUACAGAUGCAGGAAUAUCUGUAUUAGUGGCCUUAUGAAUUAGUUGACAUCAUAUUUUACAAGCAGGAGAGCCAAACUCAUAUCCGAGUUCACAUCUGCAGGAUGAGAUCCGUUCAUCCAUAACCGUCGUGCCACAUAUGUGACCUUGGAGCACAAAACCAGUCAUAAGGG